UUCAGCAUCCAUCCAUCUGUAAAGUUUUAACAUUUAAUUAUUUAGGAAAUUCACAACAAACAAACAGUCAGGAUUGGUUUGAGGCACAAAGGACUCCAAGAGAAAAACUGAAUGCUGCUAUGAGAAUUUUGUCUGAUUCAUUUGAACCACUUCAAAGUCAGCUAACAAAUGAAUGGAAUACUCUUAGUACCAGUAUGAAAUCCUAUUAUUCUAGGAAGGCCCAGGAAUGUGUGGAUCUUAUUCUUUCCAUUAUAGCACCGGGUCAAGAAACCUUUCUACUUGACAGCAUCCAGAAAAAGUUCACCAGAAACUCUGAGAAGCUUGAAUUGGACUCAGUUACAAAGAGUGUCAUUGAUGCCUACAACAAAGUGACUGAUAGUAGAACACAGACUCAGAUUUUAUCAGUUAUAGUGAACAAUUUUACCAAGACUGAUUUGCAGAAGUUGAUUCCUGGGUUGACAGUGUUCAAGAUCGAUAGCGCCCGAAAACAUGCACUUGUAAAAGGACCAGGACAUUUACUUCAUCAGCCAAAAAUAUACAGAGUGAAACUGACAAAACCAAAAGUCAUACAUUUUAUCGAAUUCCUGUUGAAUCCAUUGUAUUCAAGUAUUGUAGGUUUUGGACAAACUGUACUCAAGCUUUCAUCUAAUGAAAAAAUGCAAAUCCCAAAAGUGAUAAGAAAUGUCAUUCAUUCAAGAAUAAUUGAUGCCUACCAAAGUUAUUGCAAAGAAAAUGGCUUUGAGACUUUCAGCAGAGCGUCUUUGUAUAGGAUAUUGAAAGUUUGUAAUGCUUCAAAACAGAAAGCACUGCAAGGGUUAGACAACAUUACAGCCGCGGGAAUGAAUUCAAUAGGUACUCUUAUAAAACUGACAUCAAAAUUAGAAACAUUUGGAAUGAAUAGUACAGAUGUAAUUUCCCUAACGAACAUUUUGCAGCUGGUAAACCAGUUUCUCAAAUAUGAGUACAAAACCCAUCUGAACAGACUGGAUGGAUGUACAGAUCACUGCACCAUAUUCGCUCUGAGUGAUACCAAUGAUAAUUUUUCCUCAACUUGUGAUCAUACACAUGAACAAAACUGUGACAAAUGUUCAAUGGUAGAUAGUUGUGCAGACUUGAUUCGGAGAAAAUUCAGUCAGAUGGACAUUCCUGAAGCUGUCAUGGAUGAGAUUAACUAUGAAAUUGACAUUUCAGAGAGAAAUUUAACAGAAUGGAAGAAACAUUUAUUGAGAACUGUACAUCAGGAUAAUGCUAGAAGUAAUAUACUCAAGACAUUGACAGCUAAGAAAGCCUUGGUAAUCAUGGACUGGGCCAUGAAAUUCCUCCCUUUUCAGUUUAGAGAAACCCAGUCAGAGUUUUUUGGGAAAAAGGGAUUCAGCUGGCACAUCUCAUGUGUUAUUACAAAAUCAGAUGAUAAUGAGUUGGACUUGCAGUGCUAUGUCCAUAUUUUAGAAAUGGGAAGUCAAGGAUGGUUUUCCGUGGCCAAUAUUUUACUUCAUCUUCUUCAUCAUUUGAAAGAUGUCAAGCCGCAGAUAGAAGAGAUCUCCCUUAAAAGUGAUAAUGCUGCAUGCUAUCACUGCACAAAUUUAGUAUCUUUUAUUCAACUGAAUAAUACAAGUUUCCCAAUUUACGUCAAAGAGUACAAUUUUAGUGAGACACAAUCGGGAAAGGAUUUGUGUGACAGUAAAACGGGAUCAUCUCGCUUACAUAUGUAUAAAUAUGCGAAUGAGGGCCACAAUAUAAUCAGCACCACAGAUAUGAAAAAAGCAUUAGAAAGCUAUGGGGGAGUACGUGGAACCCAAGUCUGCAUUAUCUCCAUAGACCAGGAGGAAGAGCCAAAAACUAAGGUGAAAAUCCCAGGAAUAAGUAUGCUAAACAACUUUUCAUUUGGAGCAAAUGGGAUGACAGUGAGAAGAGCAUAUAAUGUUGGUGAAGGACAAUUGAUUAAAAACAUCAAUGAGCAACAACUUUUGAACAGCAGUGUUUACAGAUUGAAGGUCUUGGAACCAUUUCCUGGAAUCAACAACCAGCCUAAGAGUGGAAAGGUAGCAGCCCAUUCAGCUGAGAACAUUGAAGACAACUCUGUAUUAGAGACAUUGCCUGAAACUGUAUCAGAAGAUGAUUGUAACCUUGAUGAAAGAACACCACAAGCACCUUUUUAUUGUUGUCCAGAUGAUUCUUGUGACAAAGUGUUUGUGAAGUCCACUAAUCUAGAGAAACAUUUAACUCUUGGCAACCACAGUUACAGAAGCAAUCAAAUUUCUGGUCUUGACAGUGCAGUUGAAAUUUAUGCUUCCCAAUGUGAAUCUUUAAGAGAUUAUCAAAAUUCACUGUUUAGGAGAGAAACUGACAUAUGUGAUACAAACAGCACUGACUCACUCAGGGAAAGUACACAACAAACAAAGAACAAAGGUUGGGCAUUGAAAGGAAAAAGAGUCACCACCAGAUUUUCAGAAAAUGUAAAACUGUACCUUAAAAACAUUUGUAUUUCAAGUGAUAAAACUGGUUCCCGUCCUGAUUAUCAAUCACUCUCUGAAGAAUUGCGUAAAGCAACGGAUGAAAAUGGGCAGAAAUUAUUUCAGAAAGAUGAAUGGCUUAAUCCUACACAGAUAAGAGGAUAUGUGGCUCAGUUUCUUUCAAAAUCUAAAGCUAAAAUGGCUACUGCACCAAAACAAUCGAGAGUUGAAUUGCAAGAGGUGUCUGUUGAAGAUGAUGAGAAACUAUCAGAAGUUGUAAACAUGUUAGAUGUAAAUGAAUAUAAUAAUUAUGUCUCAACUAUGGUUAAUGAAGUUCUUUCUGCUGUAGCCAUGUAGACUUAAAAACUGUAUGAAAAAAAACUUUCAUUCUGUCGUCAUUAUUGUCAGCAUUAACGUUUUUUUA